AUGUCCAGAUUACCAAAGUUACCAGUUCCGAGUAGUUUACCUACUUCUGGUCUUUCUCCCCCCAAAAAAAGAACUUCCCCUAAUGGUUCGUCGCUGUUACCUACUGUUGAUACUACUAAUAGUACAACUACUAAAAUUGCCGGUCUCAAAGACCUUACUCCUGAACAGGAAGCUUUGCUACAAGAAGCAAUGGAAAAGUUUAAUCCGGAAGCAAUGACAACCACUUCUACUUCUUCGCCCUCCUCUACGACACAAAGCAUGUCUAGAGUUACUCGCCCUGUCCUGCCGUCUGUUUCUGACAUGCCCCCUUUGCCAACAAUUUCACAAGUGGCUAAUAAAUCAAAUACAAAUCAAGGAUCACGAAAAUUAUCCUUUGGUCAACAUUCUUCUCCUUCGAUAGGAUUGCUCCCUCCUGGCUCAUCUUUACAAAUGCGUCCACCAACAACAGCACAAUCUUCAUUAACACAACCUUCUUCAUUAACACAACCUUCUUCAUUGACACAACCUUCUUCAUUGACACAACCUUCAUCUUUACUACAAACUUCACCAUUAAAAAAUAAUCGUUUAAAGGCCAUUGCAGCAGCUCCGCCACGACCUGCUUCUCCUUCAAUGGCAUUGUAUAGUGUAGGGGAACGUGUUUCUGUAGAGUCAAUGAACAUCACUGGAACUUUAAAGUUCUUGGGUUCAAUUGAUGGAAAAUUAGGAACAUGGGCUGGAAUAGAAUUGGAUGUUCCAGGCACAGGCAAAAAUGACGGAAGCGCUAAUGGUGUCUCGUAUUUCACAUGUCCACCGAAAACCGGUAUAUUUGUUCUUGCUACUAAACUCUCCAAAUCGAAGAAAGAUUUAGAAACCCCAACCACAACAACAACUAUAACAUCGUUACCGUCAUCUUCACUCAAUUCCAAAAUCACAUCUAAAAAUGCACAACAUGCCGCAAUGGCUGCUGCUCGUAUAACAGCAGGAUCACGAGCAUCCAAAUAUAUUGGUGUCACGGCUUCACAAUUAAAACAGAAAUCCUUAAUAAAACCAGGUGGCUUCACCCAAGUAAUUCCAAGUCCUAGUCCAGAUCCAAAUAAUCGCGGUCCUUCUCCACCCUCUAGAUUAAAAUAUGGACUCGUUCGUCCUAACGCUAGUAGUCUUAAAUCGCCUUUAACCUCACCAGUUAUUACUAGACGAACGCGAAGACGAGAUUCCAAUUCUUCGAAUGGAUCUGCGGCUUCGGCUGUAUCUCAAUCUGCGCUUCAGGUUUCAUCAUUUGGGUUCCAGCGAUCACCAAGAGCUACGACUCCGAAUGAACAGCAGGAAUUGCAAACACCAUCGUCAGACAGUGAAACAACUCUGACAAACGUCGAAUUAACAAAUAAAUCCCUGCAAGAAAAGAUUGAGAAACUAUUUUCGAAUGAUUCAGAUGCAUCCGAUGCACCUCCAAUGAAUGUGUUUGAUCAACAAAUGCUUCGUAUUCAACAACUAGAAAUGAAAAUUGAAGUCUUAGAAUCAGAAAAUAGUGCAUUAAAGCUCAACAAUAAAAACUUGGCUUCGCCGACUCAUUCUUCUGAUGGAUCGAAUGCUGUAUGGAUAGCGGAAAAAAAUGCAUUAAACGACCGAAUCAAUCAGCUAACUAAGCAGAUUGAAGAUAAUUCAAAAGGUCAUCAUCAUCGUCCAAGCACUUCACUCUCAAUGCUAGCUGAUGAGGAUUUAAUGAAUGAUAAGAUUCUGCAGUUAACUGAAUUAAUUGAAGCUAAAGAGGCAGCUGCUUCUUCAAAAAGAAUUGCCGAAUUAGAAAAAGGUAUUGAGGCAAAAGCUCUUGAAAUCAGUCAGCUUGUGAUGAAACUCGAUCAAACACAGCUCGAUUCAGAAUCAAAAAUCAAAUCGUUACAAGCAUCGGUGGAUCAAUUCAAAGCGGCUGGACAAGAGACUAUAAAUAUAUACGAAGAGAAAGUUUCUGCCUUGUCGCAACAAGUCGAAGAUUUGAAAAAGACAAAUAGUGAGACAAAAGCUCUUUAUAAUGAGACCACAACAAACUUGGAGGAACGAGAAAAUAAAAUCACCACCUUAGAAAAGGAAACCGAUGAACUUCGAUCGGCUGGUGUUGAGGCAAUUGACGUGUAUGAAAAGACGAUUGAAGAUCUAAAGAAAGAGAUGGAAGAAGUGAAGCAACAAGUAUCCCGAAAAGAUGAUGCAUUGACAGCGUCUCGUAAGGAGCUUGAAAGUUUGAGAUCGGCACAAAAAGAAUUGAAUGAAGCCAAGACGAAAAUAGAGCAAAAAGAUAAACGGGAGGAAGGUCUUCGAAAUGAAUUGGCAGAUCUCCAGACUGGAUUGGAGCAUAUGAUGCGCGCUGACGCAAAAUCACGAGAAAAAAUAUAUCAAUUGGAAGACGAUAUGCGCGAAUCUCAAGCUACUGUCAAUAGACAAUUAGAAGAAAUUGGCGCCUUGAAAGUAAGCAUACAGGAAUUAAUGAACGCUAAUUCCACCGAUGAAGUUGAUAAAGUGAAAACAAUGUACGAGAUGGAGAUCAAAAGAAUACAAGAAGAAUUGGAAGACUCGCGGAAAUCUUUGUCUGAUGUCCAAACGGAUAAACGAAUCGCAGAGGAAUUAAAUAACCUGCAAAAUCUCCUCAAAGACAAAGAUAAUGAAAAUGAUAAACUAUUAAAAGAAUCAGAAGAAUCAAAACUCAACAUAAAAGAACUUGAGGAAACCAAUAAUAACGCGAUUCUUCGAGUAGGAGAUGAAAGAGAAAAACUGAAAAAAGAAUUGAAAGAUUUACACGCACAGAUUCGCGAGCGUGAGGAAGCCAAUAAAAUAGCGAUGCGUCAGGCUGAUCAAGUAAAAGAAGAGUUGACUAAAGAGCUAAGAGCCAUCAAAUUUCAAAUUAACGAGCUUGAGGCUUCUAAUAAAGAAGGAACCCAACAAUUUGAGAUUGAAAAAGCAGCUUUGAUUGAAGCUCGUAAUGUCGCUUUGAAGGAUCUUGAAGAAAUCAAGGAAAAACUGCAAGAAUUGUCAGUCAAAGCCAGCCAAUCACAAGAGCUCAAGGCAUCACUUGAAAGCAAAUCUGAUGAAUUUAAUAAAUUGUCAGAGACUUUUGAAGCAUUGAGAAUUGAAAAUAGUGGACUAAAGACAAUGGUAGAAAUUGAAAAUAAGAAUUUCGAGAAUGAAUUGCAUGGUUUCCGAUCGGAAAAUGAACUAUUAAAACAGAAAAUAAAAGAACUAACAAUCAAUUCGAAAUCAUCAGAUUCAACUCCAACCACAAAAUCUCAAGAGAUUGCCGCAUACGAAGAACAAGUAGCCGCGCUCAAACAAAUUGUGCACGAAUUGACUCGUGAGAAUAUUGAAAUUGAUCGUGAAAAUAAAAAAAUGUUGGCUGAACAUGAAAAACUCGCGGAAGCUCAUAAACAAGUGGAGAAUGAAUGUUUUAAAUUGAUGGAUGAGUUGGAAAGAUUACAUAGUGAAUCAUUGAGUGGUCAAGGCAUUUUGGCUUCGCCUGCAGUGGUCACUGCUGAAUUGCCUUCCAAUCCAGAGACACCACGUGAUGACCCUUCCGAAGAAAAUUCGGUUGAAGAUGGAGGUGACACUACACCCACUUCGCCCCAAACCGCUACCAAUACAAAUACUCCAAAUAUAACACGUCUAGAAUCUCUACUUGCUGAAAAACAAACGCAAUUAGAUCGAUUAACUUCACUUCAUAAUUCCGAAAUUCGUGAAUUACGUCAAAAAUUAGCUGAACUCGAAAAAUCUAAACAACGUGAACUCACCACACUAACAAAAGAUGUAGCUGAAUUGGAAUCUUUGGUAGAAAGUAAAAUAUUCCGUGAAGCUGAUUUAGAAGAAGAAAUUCAGCGUGAACGUCUUGCAUCUAAACGAUUACAAGACGAAAUAGAAGAUUUAAAAGAACAAAUAAAAGAAAUAAGAGCAUUAGGAGAUGAUGAAAUUUCUCUCAAUUUGGGUGCAUCUGUAAGUAGUAACGGUAAUUCGCCAAACGGCAUAGUAUCUCGAGUAAAUGGAGAUAUUUCAGAAAAUGCAUCAUCCCAACCCUUUUGCGAAAUUUGUGAGGAAGAAGGACACGACCUUAUUAAUUGUAAAGCAGUAUUCGGAACGGAAGCCAGUUCUCUCGGUAAUGGUGUUACUCCCAUACCAAUAGUGGCGAGCAAUGGAAAUAGUGAAGUGGAAAGACCGGUAAGCUAA